UUGGGAUCAACCAGCCUCUCCAGGAGGCAGCACCCGUCGAUCCCUCCACAAAAUGUAUUCGCUUCGUUGCAAUUUCGAACGAUAGCGCCAUCGUUGACACUGGUGCUACGAGAGAACGGUCAGCCACCAAUGGUGGCGAAAAUCCCUUCCGAAUUGAUCACACUGGCACGAUUUCGACGAACGUUUGGCAUUUCUCGGGCGGAGGACAGAAGAUUCUUGUUCAAAAGCACUUGCGAAGACGGCUCGGCUCCUUUCCAGUGGAGCCUCAUCACAGAUGACGAUGCCGUCCUGCCAAUGUUUGAUGGCAAAAUCACCGCGGAAUGUCGUCAUUUCACCGAUUCCGAUUGA